AUGCCAGAAGAGCGAGAUCAGGCCGAUCGCGAGAUGAUGAAGACCGUGCAGAAUAUGAUGAUCCACGCCUGGGACUCGUACUACAAAACAGCCGCGGGUGCCGACGAGCUAAAGCCGGUAUCGGGCGGGAAGCACAACUGGUAUGGGGAGACAUCUGUCCUAUCAACGCCCAUCGACGCCAUGGACACGUUGCGGAUGAUGGGGCUGGAUAGCCGAUAUGAACAAGCAAAGGGCUUGGUGUUAAAAAAUCUUGAUUUCGAUAUUGACGUUGAGGUCAAUCUAUUCGAGACCACCAUCCGAGUCCUGGGCGGUUUGCUCAGUGCGUGGGAGUUUGAUGACGACCCACGGUAUUUGAAGCUUGCUGAAGACCUCGCAGACCGGAUGAUGGGCGCGUUCGACACGCCGACGGGGCUACCCCUCAAUUUUUUCAAUCUGAAACAUAAGAAUGCCUCCGGGCAUGGAACUACCUUGUCGCAGGCGGGAACGCUGCAGCUGGAACUGCAGUAUCUCAGCGAUGUUACCGGAAACGCGAAGUAUGCCGAGAAAGCUUUGAAAGUCUACGACAUCAUGCACAGUGCGGGAUUCGCUAUCAAGGGUCUAUACCCUAUCGAAUGGUCCACUGAUAACAUCGACGGCAUUAAAAAUGGUGCUGGACAGCGAUACGGGCUGGGGGCGAACUCGGAUUCAUUCUAUGAAUAUAUGCUGAAGGUAUGGAUGGCAACUGGGGAGGAGAAGUACCGGGAGUGGUAUGACGAGUCUGCCGAGGCUUUGAAAACGCACCUAGUUGAGAGGAAGGGCGACCGUGUUUUCGUUCCGGACGCAAGGUACGCUUCGACUGAAGCCGUGCAUAAAGUAGACUCAAUCCACCACUUGACGUGUUUCGCGGGCGGAAUGUUCUCAACAGGUGCUCUGACACGGCGCCGCAGCUACUGGACGGCCUUCCUGGAUAUUGGCCGGAGUAUCACGCAUACUUGCUGGGAGGCGUAUAAGCGGACGCCAACGGGGCUGGGGCCGGAUGAGUGGGUCAUGGACACUAUGGUCGCGAAGGAUACAAACUAUUUCCUGCGACCGGAAACCAUCGAAUCCAUCUUUUACAUGUGGCGCUUCACCCACGACGAAACGUACCGCGAGAUGGGCCGGGCCUUUGCCGCCUCCCUCAACAAACACUGCAAGCUCGCCAACGGCUUCUCCGGGCUUCUCGACGUGAGCAGCAAGGGACCAGCUAACCACCGAGAUCUGCAAGAAUCGUUCUUCCUUGCCGAGACGCUCAAGUACCUGUACCUGCUGUUUGCGGAUGAUGAUACAAUCCCGCUGGAGGCGUUUGUUUUUAAUACGGAGGGGCAUCCGUUGAGUAUGAGGGGUUGGGGGCGGAGAAAGGGGCUAAAGAGGGGGAGUAGUGGUGUUGGGGCGGGGAAGAAGGGGAUAAGGGAUGUGGAGAACAAGGCGAAGGAGGCGAAGCUUCAAAAGAUCGACGUGAGCGGUUUGGCCUUUGAGGCGAAAGGUGUGGGAUCGAAGGAGAGCACGGGGCCCGCCAACUUGGCCAGCGGAGAUCCAUCAUUAGAAGUGUCCGCAUGA